GACAGUUGGAGUGUCUUUUAUACCAUCCUUUCCAUAGGUUUUAUUUAUGCCAUAAAACACCGACAGGUUAUGGAAAUUCAGCACUGGAUGAAAGAUAGAGGACUUUGUUAAAGUACAAGAAGUUAAUUUGCUAAGCCGAGUCCUUGUGAAGAGAUAUGGAGACUGUGUUUGGACUGUUGGCGAUCUUAGCAGGAGUGUCUCAUGGCAUGGAGAGCCCCUGUGAUGCUAGAGAGGAUGGAGCUCAGUGUUAUGGAGCUCUGGGAGGAACUGUCUGUCUCCGGCUGAUCACCAACGCCAGUGGACAUCAGCCCCUGUGACACAGGCUAAGCUGUCCUCUAAGUGUCUGUCUCAUGGAGAGAUGAGGGUAUCCUGCUCCUCUGAGGGGGACAGUCCCCAGUACAGCUGGACUUUGGAUGGACACCCACUGAACAACAAUGACAACUCUUUUGGUGAGAAGACAAACUCCAUCACACUGCGAAAAGGCCUGUCUGGGGAUCUCAACUGCACCAUCAGAAACAAUAUCAGCAGUGUUACUGUCAACACGGUAAUCUUACCUUGUCCAGAGAUCAUAGGGACGGUAGCAGGGUCUCUGGCAGGCAUAUUCCUUGUCCUAGUAAUGGUGUUGGCAGUUUACUGUGUCCAGAAGAAAAAGACACCUCCAAAGACUUCAGCUAAUGAUGACAGCCAGGAUGUGGAAUACGCUGAUGUCAGGAUACAAAAGAAGCAGAUGAGCCAGAAGGAGAGGGAGGCGCUGGUGGAGCUGAAUGACAGACAGGUGAAAGUGGCAGGGGGUCCCCAGCAGACGAUGGAGGUGGAGUAUGGACAGAUUAAAACAUUAGUGGGUCCCCGGCGGAAGGUAGACACACCUGAAGAGGAGGACUGUGUGUACGCCAGGGUACAGAAAGGCCAGUGAGCACUUUAAUCACUCGUUGCCUCCCAAUAAUCUCUCCUUUCUCCUAAAGUGUUGACUUGUUCACUUCCCUUCACGUAUUUCAAAGGAAAUGAAUGUUAUAUGGCAACUCCUCGUUGCCCAUGCCUAUACCAAUCCAAUUAUUUUACAUUUGUGGGGAGUAGUGAAGGAGUGCACACAUCUGGAAGAAGGAGAAAUUAUUGGGACGCAAACCUGAGGCCCAGAGUUGAUACAGACGACAGCUAUGUCUAAUUAUGUUGUCUUACAGUUACAGUAACAGCUUUGUUUUGCAUGUUCACACUUUAGAACACAUAUUGUCUGUUUCCAAGAAGUGGAUACAUCACUUCAGUUUUUCUUUAUCACGUUUUAACACAAAAACAAAAACAAGAAAUGACCCUUUUUCAAAGAUAAUUCGUGAACGUGCCUUAGGCAUGCUGCAAGGAGGCAUCAGGAGUGCAGAUGUGGCCAGGGCAAUAAAUUA